CGGCGCCGGGGUACCUCCGGCGCCGCAGAGCGUCUCCGCGCGGCGGACGGUGUGGUGAUGCGUGGUGAGCUGCGCUCCUCUGGCGCCGUCCGCGUGUCGCCUGUGGUGGUGCUGGCGGGCCGAUCCGGACAGGGCACCAUGGGUCGUCCCAACACAGCGGCGUUCACCGGCGGCUACCUGAUCCAGAACGGCUACUCUCCGGCUCGGUCGCCGGGCAGCGGCUCCCAUACCAGCUCCCACGGCUCCGGUAAGGAGGUGGAACUGAGCAAAACCAACCUUUACAUCCGCGGACUGGGCCCGGAGACCACCGAUGAGCACCUGCGGACCAUGUGCGCCGGCCUGGGUCAGGUCAACUCGACCAAGGCCAUCCUGGACAAAACCACCGGACAGUGCAAAGGGUACGGUUUCGUCGACUUUGACACCGCAGAGGCGGCGCAGAAGGCUGUGAAGCACCUGGUCGCCCGGAACAUCCAGGCUCAGAUGGCUCGCCAACAGGAGCAGGACCCAACCAACCUGUACAUCACCAACCUGCCGGCCUCCUUCACUGAGCGGGAGCUGGAGGCGCUGCUGCAGCGACACGGGUCGGUCAUCUCCACCCGGAUACUGAGGGACGACAACGGCGUCAGCAGGGGCGUCGGAUUCGCCAGGAUGGACCUGCCCGAGACCUGUGACAAGGUGAUCCGCGCGCUCAACGGCCACACUCUAGACAACAACCAGGGGCUCCAGCUGGCGGUCAAGUUUGCAGACGGAAACAAGAAGCGCCAGCAGCAGAAGGCGGUGGCCGCUGCCGCUGCCGCCGCUGCUGCUGCUGCCGCCCAGCAGGAGCCGCGCUGGCGCCCCCUGGAGCCGGCCGGACCGCGGCUGGCCGGCUACGAGGCGGCGCUGUCAGCGGCCGGCCGCUACCCGCUGCAGCAGCUGCCCUACUGGCCGCAGCCGGCGCUCGUCUACCCGGGCGGCUCGCUGGCCGGCCAGCACGAGCUGGACACGUUCAGCCUGCUGCAGAGCAUGCAGCAGCUGCAGCUGGCGGCGGCGCCGCACCCGGCGCACCCGCAGCAGUACGGCGGCUACCCGGCCUACGGGGCGGCGCCGUACCCGCCGGCGGCCGCGGCCGUCAGCCUGGCCGGCUUCUACCCGCCGCACCAGCACCACCAUCACCACCUGGUGCCGGCCGUGUCGCUGGCGCCCGCUGAGGCGGCUGGUGCUGACUGAGUGCCACUCAGGUUGGUGCUGAUUGGGGGGCAGAAGUGUGUUGGCGGAUGAAGGAGCUUACAGGCGUCGGUGCUGCCACUGAGAGUGGAAGAGUCGUCCGACUUUCGGCCGUUGAUGGCGCUAGUGUGCGCGACUGUGGAGCUAGAGUCAGUGUGCGGCCUCGAGGCGGACGAACGGACAUACAUGACCGCCUUACGAGAGGGAAGACUUUCUUCAGUGAACGGACAGACUCUUUGAUUGGAGUAUGAACUCCAGUGAGGGUGUGCUGAGGUUCCAUUCCACUGAAAUUCCGACACCGCGCCGCACUGUGGGGUGUGGAAUCACUCGAUUUGGUAGCUGCGUGAAUCACCAGUUCGCGAUGUUUCGCCAGACGGUCUCCAGUGGUCCGCCGCUGGUCCCCGUCGUCCGCCGCUUGUCCCCGU